AUGAAACAUCUCAUUGCCGUAGGGGCUUGUUACCUGGAUACGAUCCUCACGAACGUCACCUCUACUGCGUGCACACAUGACUCCAAGCUACGUGCCACCAGUCUCAAUAUCCGACGUGGAGGCAACUGUCCCAACUCUCUUCAGGUCUUAGAACAAUUACUCUCCGAGCACGACACCCUCCAGCUACAUCUAGUAUCACCCCUUCCCGCUGCAGCCUCGUCCGCAACACAGCGUGUUAUAUCGUCGUUCGGUGCGCAGUCGAGCAUUGACUUCAGCCACUGCAUUUAUCGCGAGGAGCGUACGGAGGCGGCAAGCAGUUACAUCAUGCGUAGCGAGGCAUCAGGUAGUCGCACGCUUGUCAACUACAAUGACUUAUUAGAAAUGACCCAAGACGAGUUUGGCAACAUUGCGCGAGGCUUCAACCCGGACCAGGAGACAUGGUGGCACUUUGAGGGCCGAAUCCCGGAUACCAUACAGAGCUGCAUCCGUCUCCUGCGUAACGUACUACCAAAAGCGACAAUCAGUGUCGAAAUUGAGAAGCCUGGUAGAGAGGGCCUCCCUGAGCUGGCGGCAGAAGCGGAUGUUGUCUUCUAUUCGCGAAGUUGGGCUGAGAGUCGAGGACACAAGACUCCGGAACAAUGCUUGAGAGCUGAAGGGCAUCAAAAGGCGUACGUUUCAUGGAAGGGAUAUCAGGCUUCUGCUUUGGCCCCAUUGGCCCUUGCUGACAAGAAGCUGCAUAGGUCACUUGCACUGUGUACGUGGGGUGAAGAUGGAGCAGCUGGGCUGUCUCGGUCGACAGGCAAGAGUAUUCGCUGCCCUGCCCUGGAUGAACCAGGGCGAGACAUUUCCGUGAUAGAUGCCGUGGGAGCGGGGGACACUUUCAUAGCCGGAAUGCUGUACGGACUGAUCUGUCACCCUGACGACUGGAGCAUGGGGAAGAAGCUGGGUUUCGCUGUUCGACUGGCUACGCUCAAAGUGCAGCGGGAGGGGUUCGACGGACUCGGAAGGGACAUGCUGGGAACGGAGAUUGGAGGCGUCUGA